UGUAAUCCCAGCUACUCGGGAGCUGAGGCAAGAGAAUCGCUUGAACCUGGGAAAUGGAGGUUGCUGUGAGCUGAGAUUGUGCCACUGCACUCCAGCCUGGGCAACAGAAUGAGACUCUGUCUCAAAAAAAUAAAAAUAAAAUAAAGAAUGUAGAAGGAAGUUAUAUAGAAAAGAAUAAGAAGGACAUUGAAGCAGGAGGAAUGCCACGUGUCUGUAGCUGGGAGGCAGGAGUUGGCAGGCCCUGGUGGAGGCCUGAGCAGACAGCCACUGCUCCCCACUACCUUGGCAGGCACAGGACCCUCCAGCCCAGGCAACUGAGCUCCAGCUACCUGCUUCUCUUCUCCUGCCUCCCCACUAAGCAGAAGCGACCCCUGUGACAUUGGUGCAGUCAGGGGCCCGGGACCUAGCUCUGAGGCUUGAGAAACCUCUCCCUUCUGCAGGCUUUUGACACAGGAUCCCUGAUCCCCCACCAGGUCCUCAAGCACUUGAGUACGCAAGGACCCUCACUGUCUGGGACAAAAUCGAACCACCUGCUUCUGUCUCUUUCUUACUGGCUGAUUUCUCCUCUCCCAUUCUCUCCAUCCUUUCCCUCCUCUCUGUAGCAAUGGCAAAGCACAAGCAGGAAGUGAGGAAACUGACCGUCCUCUCUCCAUUUCAGGCAUAGCAGACUCCUUGGGAAGACUCACAGGACUGUACCCACUGCCUGCCAUGUCUCUGUGGCCACCUUUCCGAUGCGGAUGGAAGCCAGGGCCAAGGGACUCUAGAGGGGCCUCUGCACAGCUUCCCCAUCAGGACUUCAAGGCCCUGCUGGCAGGGUGCCUGAGGAAUGGCUGCCUCUUUGAAGACACCAGCUUCCCAGCCACCCAGAGCUCCAUCGGCAGUGGGUCCCUGCUGCAGAAGCUGCCACCCCGCCUACAGUGGAAGAGGCCCCCGGAGCUGCACAGCAAUCCCCAGUUUUAUUCUGGCAAGGCUAAAAGGCUGGAUCUGUGCCAGGGCAUUGUAGGAGACUGCUGGUUCUUGGCUGCCUUGCAAGCUCUGACCUUGCAACAGGACGUUCUGAGCCGGGUUGUUCCCCUGAAUCAGAGUUUCACUGAGAAGUAUGCUGGCAUCUUCCAGUUCUGGUUUUGGCAGUACGGGAACUGGGUUCCUGUGGUGAUUGAUGACCGUCUUCCUGUGAAUGAGGCUGGCCAGCUGGUCUUUGUCUCCUCCACCUACAAGAACUUGUUCUGGGGUGCGCUUCUGGAAAAGGCCUAUGCCAAGCUCUCUGGUUCCUAUGAAGACUUGCAGUGUGGACAGGUGUCUGAAGCCCUUAUAGACUUCACUGGAGGGGUGACGAUGACCAUCAACCUGGCAGAAGCCCAUGGCAACCUCUGGGACCUCCUUACCAAAGCCACCUACCACAGAACCCUCAUUGGCUGCCAGACCCACUCAGGGGAAGAGAAGGUUCUGGAGAACGGGCUGGUGGACGGCCAUGCCUAUACUCUCACAGGAAUCAGGAAGGUGACCUGCAAACAUAGACCUGAGUAUCUAGUCAAGCUACGGAACCCCUGGGGAAAAGUGGAAUGGAAAGGAGACUGGAGUGACAGUUCAAGUAAAUGGGAGCUGCUGAGCCCCAAGGAGAAGAUUCUGCUUCUGAGGAAAGACAAUGAUGGAGAGUUCUGGAUGACACUGCAGGACUUUAAAGCACAUUUUGUUCUCCUGGUCAUCUGUAAACUGACCCCAGGCCUGUUGACCCAGGAGGCGGCCCAGAAGUGGACAUAUACCAUUCGGGAGGGGAGAUGGGAGAAGGGGAGCACAGCUGGUGGCCGGUGGCAGUUGCUGCAGGACACAUUUUGGAAGAACCCACAGUUCCUGCUGUCUGUCUGGAGGCCUGAAGAGGGCAGGAGAUCCCUGAGGCCCUGCAGCGUGCUGGUGUCCCUGCUGCAGAAGCCCAGGCACAGGCGCCGCAAGCAGAAGCCUUACCUUGCCAUUGGCUUCUACCUUUAUAGGAUGAACUUGUACCAUGAUGGUGAGAGGAGACUGCCCCCCGAGUUCUUCCACAGAAACGCUCCCCUGAGCCAGCCUGAUAAGUUUCUCAGGGAGAAAGAAGUGAGUCAGGAGCUGUGUCUGGAUCCAGGGACAUACCUCAUUGUGCCCUGCACCUUGGAGGCUCACCAGAAGUCAGAGUUCAUCCUCAGGGUCUUCUCCAGGAAGCACAUCUUUUAUGAAAUUGGCAGCAGUUCUGGUGUUGUCUUCUCGAAGGAGAUAGAAGAGCAAAAUGAAGAACAGAAUGAAUGCUUCACCAAAUUCUUUGAAAAGUAUCCAGAAAUUAAUGCAGUUCAACUGCAGAGCAUCCUGAACCAUAUGACCUGGUCAAGUCUGGGGAGCACACAGCCCCUCUUCAGCCUGGAAGCCUGCCAGGGGAUCCUGGCGUUACUGGAUCUUAAUGCCUCAGGUACUAUGAGCAUCCAGGAAUUCAGGGACCUGUGGAAGCAGCUGAAGCUCUAUCAGAAGGUUUUCUACAAGCGAGACAAUGGGUCAGGAUACCUGAGCUGGGCACAGCUGCAGGCUGCCAUGAGGGAGGCAGGAAUCGUGCUCAGUGAUGAUGUCUGUCAGCUGAUGCUCAUCCGCUAUGGUGGCCCCAGCCUCCAGAUGGACUUUGUCAGCUUUGUCCACUUGAUGCUGCGUGUAGAGAACAUGGAGGAUGUUUUCCAAAACUUAACCCAAGAUGGCAAAGGGAUAUACCUCCAGAAGUCAGAGUGGAUGAUGAUGGCACUGUACUCCUGAGAAGGCUGAGUCUCAUCUGCCUUCACUGAGGACUCUGCAUGUGUUCCAAGAGUAGCCUUUGGCUGAGACCAACCUACAUCCACCCUACUUACUGAUCUUCAGAACCGACUCACCAGCCAUCACCUUCUCAGCUGGGAAGAUUUCUCUUCUGCAGCCCUCCCUUGGAUGGCCAGCAUGCAGAAAGGGAAGGGAGGCAGUAAAGAGAAAAAAAAAAAAAGAUUGCAUCAGAUUUGUAAAAGCCAGCCGUCCUUCCCUGGGGCCACAACCUUGCCACAAGCGGAGAUGUUACCUGACAUGGCCAAAGCAUUCUGACUGCAGAGCUGGUGUGCUUAGCCUCACACAACACUGCCUCUGUGGCCUCAAACUCAAGUGACCUUAGUCAUGCCACAUGUUCUCAUGUGUGGGGUAAUCAUCUAGGUUUCAAGGUCUGAAGAGGGAAUGAUAUAUCCUUAGACAUUUAGUCCCAGCAUCUGCAAAUUGAUAGAUGUAGGCUAAGUUCCAGUUAUAUUUCAGGAAUAUAGCAGGCUUUCAGAAACAGAAAAUAAGAGAAUUGGCAGAGUGCAGGUAGGGUGGCUGGCUCUGACAUCUGAGAUCAUGGGGUAAUCUUCUGCUGACAAUAUCUCCAUAUGAUUGGAUUUAGGGGAACCCAGUGGAUUGAAAGCACGCAAGUGCUCAAAGGGCUUCCUGCCUGUGACAGGUAACAGUCUGUUUACUUGACCUGUAGACUAUCAGAUCCACUUCGAAUCCAUCCAGAAAAUCUCAGUCUAUCCACUUCAAAGAACAAAAACACACCCAUUUAUCAAGCUCUUGCAAUGGGUCGAGCAUCUGCUCGGUGCUGGGGACACAGAGCUGACAGUCUUCUGGGGGGUGUUGACUGACAGGUGUUCUGUGUUCAGAUGACUGACAGGUGUUCUGUGGUGCACUGUGACCUGGGAAUGCACACAGGGCUGUGGAAACACAGAGGAGAGCCAACUAGCACAACCUGAGAGGGCUAGGGGAGGCUUCCUGGCAGAAGUUUCUCUUUAACCAUCUUAAAGGGAAAGAGGCACUAGGUAGGAAAAUAAAAGAAAAAUGAUGUUUCAGACAGAGGGUACUGCACAUGGGGGGAAAAAAGACACUAGGGCUGGGUGCGGUGACUCACACCUGUAAUCCCAGCACUUUUGGAGGCCAAGGUGGGUGGAUCACCUGAGGUCAGGAGUUUGAGACCAGUCUGGCCAGUGUGGUGAAACCCCAUCUCUACUAAAAAUACAUAGAAAAAAAAAUUAGCCGAGCAUGUUGGCAGGCGCUUGUAAUCUGCUACUCAGAAGGCUAAGACAGAAAAAUCGCUUGAACCCAGGAGGCAGAGGUUGCAGUGAGCCAAGAUCAUGCCACUGAACUCAGCCUGGCUAACAAAAAGUGAAACUUCGCCUUAAAAAAAAAGACACUAAAGCAAGGGAUGAAACAGAGUGCUUGGAACACAGCAAGAGGUUCAGAGAAGCCGGAACUUAUCUCUAUUGUAAGACAGCCAAGGCCACUCAGGCUGGCAAGGGCUGAUAUCCACAGCAACUGCCAUGAGGUCUGGGUCCUAUCCUGAGAGGCUGAGCCAUCAUCCAAGAAUUCUAAGCCUGGUCAUGAGAUGCCUAAUCCUUUCCUCGAUACCAGAAAAACUAGGAAGUUAACAGAGUACAGGGGGAGGGAGGUUCAAUUCUCUGCAUUGGCCCUUAGUUCAGGGGACCUUGAUCAAAUGGUUUAACCUUUUUGAAUCUCUACAGCUGCAUCAGUAACAUGGUGAUGACAAUAUCAUCCGCAUAGGGCUCUAAUACAGUCUAGAUGAGAUAACAUAUGUAAGCAUUUAUGGCAUUGGGCAGUGCACUGAAAAAUUAUGAGCUCCACAGAUUUCUUUCGGGGAGGGUGCCUUCCUUCCAACAUUUGUGACAUGUACAGUGGCUUAUGCCAACGCUAGGUGGUGCACGAUCCCCACACCAGGACGUCUUCUGCCAGAUGCAGGACCACAGAUGACAGCUUCAGCACAAGCUAGUCUGGGAAACGCUGGCUAAUGUAAUACUUUGCCAGCCUGACUGAGUCCAAAAGGCCAGCUUCAGCCUCACAUGUAUUCACUUGUCUCGCCUUGUUUCUUUUUCCUGACUAAUAUUUAAUGCAUGUACUGUACUCUAUGUUAUAUAUUGUUUCUGAUAUUUAUUUUAUUUAAGCACUCAGCUUGCAUGCAUCUCCUUGAAGGAUAUGGUGGCACCCAGCCCACACAUCCUGGCAUCCUGGCACCUGGUUUAUUACAUAGCUCAGGUUUAGCAUUUACCAAUUUAAUGAAUGAACAAUUUUAAAGUCAUUCAGGUAAAUCCUGUCAUUUAAGAAGUCAGUCUCUUCUCAAGUUGUUAACUGAAAACAUCAGUAUAUAAGGUUUGCUUAAAGAGACAUGCAACUUCUCACUAAAGGAUCCCUCUCUGGUGGCCUAAAGUUUAGAGUCAUUCCGAUGCCAAAUGGCAGGUCCUAACUCAAGGAGCAGUUGAAACCAUCAUAGAUGCUCUCUGAACAUGUUCUUCAUGUCCUGAAAUUCAACACACUAGGGUGUCACUUUCUCUUACCCAUUCAGACUUCCUUCUCCUGGGAACAUCAACCAUUGGGUCAAAUUUCUGAGCCUUUUGCUUUCAGGUCACAAAUCACAGAGUGAGUAGUGGGAGGUGGGUGGUUCUAGGCCAGGCCCAGGCUCAGGGGAGGCCUGGUUGUUAAGCUCCAUGCUGACUCCUUGUCUUCAUCUUCAUCUUAAGUCUGGGCUUGCCUUGUUUCUCCUGCUUGCAGAAGAAAAUUAUGCCAGAAGCUGCACAGCCCAAGACAGGCAGGGUGGGGUGAUGGAAA